AUGGAAAUUACGGCGGCGGAAAAAAUUGAGAUUGAAAAGAGUAGAAUUCUUACAAUUAUAAAGGGAAAGGAAUCACUUGAAAGUCUUACGGUGGCUCAGUUGGCUGAAGAAUAUUCAACGCGAUACAAGUGUGCUAUAGCGUGUUAUAAAGCGGAAUUUGUGUCUGUCGAAGCGUUUUUAAAAUAUGCGUGCGGGGUAAAUAUUAUCGAUGAAAAAGUGUGUUUGUCUACAAGCUCUACAAACAUUGCGUCUUCGAGUGAGAAAGCGACCGGUGAGACAUCUUCGUCUGUACAUUUAGUAUCGAAGCCUCAGUUCUCCCCAUUUUUUGGAUUUAGUGACGGUGAUAAAAAUAAAGGAGUCGCAUAUAAUGUUUGGCGAUUUGAAGUCGAGUCUGUAAUAAAAGGCGCAUUCUAUCCAGACGAAGUUAUUUUGGAGCAAAUACGACGUUCGUUGCAAGGAGAGGCGAAAGCAAAAAUUGUUGGGUUUGGUUCUGACUGACAUCCUGUGAAUCUAUCUUGGGAAAACUAGAUCAGUUUUACAGCGAUGUCGGCGCGGCUACCGGAGAUGAAUUAUUGGCCGAAGCAUAUCAAAUGAAGCAAGGUGAGAACGAGGAAGUUGCAGCAUUCGCGUCGAGAUUAGAUAGUUGUUUGCGUUGGGCGAAAAGACGGGGCACAGAAAUCCUUCCAGACGACGAAUCGGUCGAACGAUAG